CCUACCAAGGACCCUGAUACAGAUGAUAGAAGGACAGGGGAAACAACUAGGACAGAAGUUUAAAGAUCCAACAGAUCACGAUCCUGAAGGGAUCAGAAGACUAGAUCAAUGGAAAAUCAACGCAAGAAAUCUUCUUCACUGGCGGAAAACAAUUGCGUUCCUCUGCUUUUUGCCUCUCAUACUUCUUGGUGUGAUUGUUCCUCUUGUUAUAAUAAUCGUUCUUGUUAUUGCUCUUGUGUUAUCCAUGCCUUUAAUGCUUGGUUUACUCUUCUACAAUCUGUUCGGCAACUGCAAGAAUAUAAUUGACACAAAUGUGCUUGAUAAUGAUCAAUUUGUGGAUCGCAAUAUUGAGGAGUUGCCUCCGGAGAUCGGAUCAAUCGAAAAUCCGAUCUUCAGUUCCGAUCCAACCCUGACCCUUCGAUCUAUUCAAGAUCAGCUGGCUGCAACUGAAACUCUAGAUCUAAGUUCUAAACCUGCAAUGUCGGUUGAAGAACUUGAGAACGUUACAGUUCUACUUCUUUCUCUUAACCCUCGCCGGUUCACCAUGAGAGAGUUGAACUUAAACGACUCUCGGUUGACCGACCAGAAGGUGAAGACACUAGCUCCCCUGGUGGUCAGGUUUAGAACCGUGAAAAUUGGCGGGAAACAAGAUUACGGCGUGAAAGGGCUGAAGGAAAUCCGUCUGUACAUGGAACAAAUAAAAGGUGUUGGGAAGAUUAAUGGAGAAUCUGACAUAUUACCACUAAUAAAGAAAGACAAAAUAAUGCUGAAAAAACUUGAAAUUAAGAGCACCAAGUCCAAGAUGGGUGUCACCAACUUAACCUGGGUCAACGAAGAAGUCAAAGAAAUAGAAAAGGAGGAUGAGAAGAGUCUGAUUGUGAAUGAGAUCUCUCUGAUGAUACCUUAUCUAAACAGUCUUGUUCUUGAUGGAUUCCUCAGGGAAUCUGCGGUGAAACCUGUGAGUAACAUGAUGGGACUUUACAAGGAAAAUUCCUUACAGCAUUUGUGGCAGAAGUUAAACGAAGUAGAUCACAUGGAGGUCUUGAGUUUACGUGACUGUGAUAUAACGGAUCGCAUUUUGAUGAAGUCUUUAGUUGGGUUUGUAAAUGUACGUAUUCUGGAUUUAAGUGGAAAUCAUGAUAUUACAAGCACAGGUUGGAAAGCUUUGGUAGAAGCGCUCUUAAUGCGACGAGAACAGAAACGAUUAGUUCAUAUAAUCUACCAGAGUUACAAAUACGCUGUUGAUGAGUUGAUGGGUGAGCAGAUUGCAGCAAUGUUUGAGUAUAUUCAGAAAAUAGAUCUACGGUGGUGUCAAAUAUCAGAUGGGGCAAUUGCUAGGUUCUACUCAAAAGUCCAACUGGAGAAAGAGAACCAUUGUUUCUUGAGUUUAGAGAAACUUGAUUUAUCGGAGUGUAUACUAUCAAAGGAGUCUGCUGCUAAAUGUGCUGAAAUAAACAGAAUAAGAUCGAGUGAUACGGUCAUAUUCAAAAUUCAUGAGGAGGAGGAAGAACAUUCCAGAUGUUUAUGCAGCUGUUAUUCUAGAAACCAAAAUUAAUUAGUUCUUGAAUUAAUUAAUUAAAUGAUUAUUAAUUAUUAUUUUAAAUUAAUUUUGCAUGAAAGUAUAAUUUCUCAAUGCUUGUAAUUUGUGUAAUAGAAGAAUUCCUUUGUAUGGAGCCUGCAUGCUUGUUGUAAAACUUCAGUCGUCACUCUCUUACCUAUAAUAAGAAAAUAUCGCGCUAACUUCUGUAGUAAAAUACAGGAUUGAAUAGAUGACUUCAACUAAUUAUCAUUAGUUUCAUAAUGUCACGAAGGUAAUUGACUAAAUCUGUAAAAUAAUCAAUGUAAACGUAACAAACCAACUAAAAUCACUAAAUGUUCACGAAUAGAUAUAAAUAUCACC